AAGAAGAUAGAAAGGUGAGUUGAACGUAGAAGUUGGUCGUGUGGUCCGCGGUUGAGGGCUGAGGCGUCUGGCGCGGGACGAGAGUCGAGUGGCUGAGAAGGAUAUGCAAUUUCACACCAAACUGGCGACCCUAACGCCUCUUUCUUUCACCUUCUCUUUCUUCUUCGUCACUUUCUUCCCCAAUUGAGGUGGAUUUAAUAUUUGUAAAACGUACCCUUGCAGCCAAGAGAGUAGUUCUCUGCUACUCCUGAUGGGUGCUCCUAAGCAGAAAUGGACAUCUGAAGAGGAAGCAGCUCUUAAAGCUGGAGUUGUCAAGCAUGGGGUUGGUAAAUGGCGUACAAUACUCAAGGAUCCAGAAUUUAGUGGUGUUUUGUAUCUGCGGUCCAAUGUGGAUCUCAAGGAUAAAUGGAGAAAUCUGAGUGUGAUGGCAAAUGGAUGGAGUUCUAGGGAAAAGUCUAGGUUGGCUAUCAGAAGGGUGCAUCAAGCCCCAAAACACGACGAGAACCCUUUCGCUGUCCCUCCUUUUACUCCAAGUGAUGAAGAUAUUGUUGAUGUUAAGCCUAUUCAAGUUUCUAGAGAGGUGGUGCCAUUUUCUGGUCCAAAAAGGUCUAUUGUAAGAUUGGAUAACCUUAUAAUGGAGGCAAUAACUACCUUGAAGGAAACUGGUGGUUCUAAUAAGACAACUAUUGCAGCUUUCAUAGAGGACCAAUAUUGGGCACCACCUGACUUCAAAAGGUUGUUGUCAGCAAAGUUAAAGUAUUUGACAGCAUGUGGAAAGCUGAUCAAGGUAAAACGCAGAUAUAGGAUUGCACCUACGCCAGCAUAUUCUGACAGAAGAAGAAGCUCAAGCUUGUUAAUGGAUGGGAGGCAGAAAGCCUCUUUGAGAGGUGACAAGGAAGAGACCAAUGUCCUUACGAAGUCUCAGGUAGAUUUAGAAUUAGCAAAGAUAAGGUCGAUGUCUGCACAAGAGGCAGCUGCAGUUGCUGCUCGAGCAGUUGCAGAAGCAGAAGCUGCCAUAGCAGAAGCUGAAGAGGCAGCAAGAGAGGCAGAGACAGCAGAAGCUGAUGCAGAGGCGGCACAAGCUUUUGCAGAUGCUGCUAUGAAAACACUGAAGGGUCGAAACACCCCAAAGAUGAUGAUCCAUGCUUAAUCGAAGUUGAAGAAUUGACGUGAAGAGCGAUCUACCAUGGCAAUCAGUAGGACUGACAGCCAGAUACAUAUUUAUCUUCUGCUGGGCAUUGUCUAAUGUCUAUAUCUUACACAUCUAUAUUGGAGGUUUUUCUAGUGGCUAUAUGCAGGUUU